AUGGCUUUCUCAGUCCAAGGCAAAUCUGCCAUUAUUACUGGCGCAGGCUCCGGGAUCAACCUAGCCUUCGCCCAGUUACUGGUAGAGAAUGGAUGUAAUAUCCUAAUUGCAGACUUGGCUUUACGCCCCGAGGCUAAAGUACUAGUCGACAAGCAUUCCAGUGGCUCUGGGCGAGCUAUUUUCCAGGAAACGGAUGUCACGGACUGGGUUCAGCUCGAACGCAUGUUUGAAGUGGCAGAGAAGGAAUUUGGUGAAAUCGACAUUGUUUGCCCGGGCGCGGGAGUAUAUGAGCCGCACUGGAGCAACUUUUGGCGGCCGCCUGGAACAGCUGCUAGCAAAGAUUCGCCUGCAGGAGGUCGAUACGCUCUACUGGACAUCAAUGUCACCCAUCCCAUCCGCACAAGUCAAUUAGCGGUUGCGCAUUUCCUGAAGUACCGCAAGAACGGUCGCCCAAAGCAUCUUUUGCAUAUUUCUAGCAUUGCUGGACAAACCGCGGCGUUCGCAGCUCCCAUCUACACAGCUACAAAACACGCCAUCAAUGGCCUGGUGCGCUCGUUAGGUAAACUUGAGGAGCUCGGCAUCCGUGUUACAGCGGUAGCGCCCGGAGUAAUUAAGACUCCUCUAUGGACAGACCAUCCCGAGAAGUUAAAGAUGGUAGACCAGAGCGCAGACGCCUGGGUUACUCCCGAAGAAGUAGGAGAGGUAAUGUUGGCGUUGGUGCAGCAGGAUCAAGUGAGCGAAGUCAUCGGAGAUCGAUCUGGUAAAGGAAAGCAGUUCUCGGUCCAAGGUGGAAAGAUUUUUGAGGUGUCAAAGACUGUGCGAGAGGUUCUGCAAUUUAAUGACGAGGGACCUGGCACCCGGCCAGGUAACACGGCUUCAGACCAUGCAGCCGUAGAGAAAGAGAGUUUCGGCAUCCUGGCUCAGGAGGGUUGGGGAAUCUCAAAACUGUAA